AUGAUUGCUCGACCAUCAUCGACUUCAUCAUCAUCUCUACUCAAGAAGCAGUAUCGCGCGUCACCGAAGCAGAGGAGCAAGAAAAGCAUCAACGUGACGACGAAUGCGCAAUCUCGAGUGAACAUUGCAGACUCAGUCACGCAGUUGGUCGGAUGCACGCCGAUGGUAUAUUUGAAUAAAGUAACCGAAGGAACGAAAGCAGAAGUCGCGGCGAAAUUGGAAAUCAUGGAACCGUGCUGUUCGGUGAAGGAUAGAAUUGGAUUAGCGAUGAUAAACUCCGCCGAAAGAGAAGGGGCGAUAUCGCCGGGGAAGUCUUUACUCGUGGAACCGACGUCGGGGAACACCGGCAUCGGCUUGGCAUUUAUUGCCGCGGCGAAAGGGUACGAUUUGACUUUAACCAUGCCCGCGUCGAUGUCUUUAGAGAGAAGAAUCUUGUUGAAGGCAUUUGGGGCGAACUUAGUGUUGACAGACCCGGCGAAAGGGAUGAAAGGCGCGGUGAUGAAAGCGGAAGAGAUUGCGAAAGAGAGCAAAGAUUCAGUUAUUUUACAACAGUUUGAGAACCCGGCAAAUCCGCAGGUGCACUUCGAGACGACUGGUCCGGAGAUUUGGGAAGAUACGGCUGGUCAGAUUGAUAUCUUAGUCUGCGGCGUCGGAACUGGCGGGACCAUUACCGGCACCGGGCGUUAUUUGAAAUCGAAAAAUCCAAACAUAAAAAUCGUCGCGGUGGAACCGGCGGAAUCUCCAGUUCUGUCCGGCGGUUCUCCAGGUCCGCAUAAAAUUCAAGGCAUUGGUGCCGGAUUUAUCCCGGGAGUUCUCGAUGUUGACAUCAUCGACGAGGUCAUUCAAAUCGCCUCGGACGAUGCCAUUGAGUGCGCAAAAGAUUUAGCUUUGAAAGAGGGAUUGAUGGUUGGUAUUUCCUCCGGCGCCGCCGCGUUAGCGGCGAUUCAGCUCGCCGGGAGAGAAGAAAACGCUGGAAAAUUAAUUGCUACCGUGUUUCCAUCCUUUGGUGAGAGGUAUUUAUCUUCCGCGUUGUUUGAAACCAUCAGAAAUGAAGCGCAAGCGAUGACUUUUUAA